UUCUGCCGAGAGGUCCGAAGAUGAGUUUGUAAAGUCCACUAUGGAAAAAUGCAAAAGUUUAGUGUCAGUCAAGGCUGACGACCUAGAACCGGCUUGUCAUAGUUCUGAGGUGGUAACUGGACAUGAAAAUAAAUUGGAAGUUGGAAAUACAUUUCCCAUUGUCCAGAAUGCUGUUUCAUUUCCCAUUGUCCAGAAUGCUGUUUCAUUUCCCAUUGUCCAGAAUGCCGCUUCAGAAAUGUCGAAAAAAAGGGAUAAAUCCCAUCAUUUCCUUUCUAUUCAGGAUAUACUUUACUGUGAUUCGAUUGGUGGAAAGAAACCACGUGAUUUCUGUUCGCAUAAGUUGUCCUCCAGUGUUUUGGAGCAUGUUCACAACACUGCCAAGUCCUGGCAAGGUGACCGAGUUGAAGAGAUUCAGGAACUUUAUUCUGGAGAGUUGAGCGAAGAUGGCGCUCGUUCAGUCGAUGAAGGCAGUGGCUCGUUGCUACGCGACCAUAUACAGGGGACUAGCUUCUUCUAUAAACAUUCCAUCAUCAGCACGUUUAACAAAGACGCUACGGAUGAUAAGUAUCCCCAGAACCAUGACCCGCUGAGUGAUCUGCCUUGGUGGAAUACGUCGCUGUGGCAACAGAUUUGCUCCAGCAGGCUCUCCAUCUCAGGUACACCGGAAUUGUCCAAAAUGCUUUUGCCGCCUUGCUGGUUCUCCAACAGGCCGACGCCCAUGGUAGGCUUGGAUUCUGAGGAAAGUUCCAAGAGAUUAAGCGGCAGUGACAGUGACCUCACAGGAGACACCUCAGACGAUCAGGAGGCUGCGGGCGAUGACGUCACAUCAAAGCAUGACUGCACAUUGGCUUGUACAUCGUCAGGUGUGAGACAAGUUGCUAGCAAGAUCAAACCCAGAAGACAGCGCCAGGCGUACACCAUUACACAGUUGAAUACACUGGAAGAAGAGUUUAAGAAUAAUCGCUACCUGAGUUCGGAUAAAAGGGAAACCUUAUCACAGUCGCUGGGUCUGAGUGAGAAUCAAGUGAAAGCCUGGUUUCAGAAUCGAAGAACCAAACACAAGAAGCAAGCCAUCCAGCAGAAAAACAACCUUCAAAACGCUGACCAACAGGACUCUGUAGGGACGCCCAUGUCUUUCACUGAUGCUCCAGGCUAUGUUGUGAAUCGGUCACCUUCGCUCCCUUUUAUGACACCCCUGCAGCUUCACUCCCUUCUGACCAGAGGCUACCCACCGUCGGCUCCUUAUCUGAACUACAUACACAAAAUGUUGUAAAGGAGAAACGGAAGAGAAGCGACGCCUUUACACGACACGUGGAAUGGCAGUAGAGAGAGAGAGGGAGUAAGGGACACAAUCAGUAUUAUUUUCUUUUUAGUUUGAAUUUAAUUGUCUUUUGUAUUAUCUACCUUUAACAAAUAUGCCUUUUUAAAUAUAAAUAUAUUUUCACAAAUGGGCAAACAUACCGUGUCAACAAAAAAUUGAUGACAAUAAGUAAUAACAAUUUUUUAAGGAAUUAAAUUUUUCAAAUAAUGGAAUGACUUCAUAUACUUCAUCAUUGAUUAUGGUGAGGAAUGGAUGUAUUUUAAUAAAGUUCAUACCCACAGUGAGAGCUGUUCUCAUGAAUGUCAGUAUUUGAGGCGGAGAGAAAAACCUACAGCAAAAUAAAACUAUAUACUACAGCAAAAGUCUCAAUAUACCCGGAAGGUUCUUCAACAAAAUUAUUAUUCAUGGGACAUAAGAUUGUGUUCAUCUUCGACCACAAAGGAUUAAAUUGCCUGCUGUUAUCAGUUUCUACACCAAAAGCUCCUCAACAAAGACUUUAAAAUGAUUUUUUUCUGGCUAUGUUAAUCUGAAAAAUCUUCCUGAGCGAUGACUUUAAGGUAAACAUUGUAAAUUGAUAAUUAGAGAACAAUAGUCUGUUCCUGACAGCGUGCGAUCUGCUUAAUGUAAACACUAGCUUCAAGAUCAGGUUUAGUUUAAAACUAUAAAUUAAAUAUCAAUAUCACACUACAGUGGAUCCCUGGAUACAUUGGCAUCAUGGGAAAUGAAAAGUCAGAUAAGCUAUCAAAGGCAGGUUCAUCUAUGGAACAACCAGAUAGACCUGAUAACUACCUCACCCCAAGGUCAAUGUUAGUCAACAAUCACAAAGAGGAGUGGCUCAACCAAUGGGCAUCACGAAACACAGGCAGAGCCAUGUACAAAGAAAUGACUACGCCUAACAAACUGGACAGUAUUAACUUCCUCCCCCGCAAAGAACAAUCUAAAAUUUUCCAACUAAGAACAGGACACACACCACUAUUAAAUUACCACCUGAACAAAAUAAACUCCACACAACUCCCCCUUUGCAGACACUGCGCCCACCCCUUUGAAACCGUAAACCAUAUCUUCUUUGAAUGCCCCUCCCUAAUCCAUCUUAGGCAGACCCUAUUUUCACUACAGCCCAACAUAACCAACACCCUGUACGGCAGUGCUGAACAACUGAAGAAAACAGCACACUUUUUUUCCUUGGCACAGUCUGCAAAAGAGCUCACAGCUCAGCAGCAAUAAAGCUGGCUAGAAGAAGAAGAAGAAAACUAAAAGUGCAUAUUUUAAUAUUUAAUACAUCAACAAUGUAACUAGGUCAAUACGGCGGCGGAUUAAGUUUUUAGGACGUCUUGUGAUCAAAUAAACUAAUUAAUUUCGGAAGAACAAGAAUACAGCUACAUUAUCUAUUUUCUUUUUUCUAUGACACCUUCUGGUCAGUCUUGAGUGAUUUUUCCCACGAAUGUCAAAGACAAUGAAGGAUUUUUUGAGAUCUUGCUUGCUUACUGUCACAUCCAGUGAGCCAUCAGAAUAAGCGAGUGUCCCGUAGUUCAAUUUUCCGCUGUGUAAUGAGUCUGACGUGGCACGAUGUAUCAUUCAAACAGGAGGAGGAGUUUCUCAAAAUACAAAGAUUCAAAAAAAUUAAAAUGUUAUUGAAGAAAAACAAAUUGCUUUUAACAUGGCGUUUAUUUCUAUUACACCCGCUAGUUGACCCUCCCCCAACUGUUUUUAACAAUUUUACACCAUAUAAAAUAAUAAAUGAAUUUCCGAAAGUUGCUAUUUCCAGGUAGCUGCACUUUACUAUUUUUUUUUCUGCUCAUGUCGUCUGUUCGUCUUAAGACUGCGUGUCACUCUUACAAAUGGCACAUAUCGACAGUCCAUCCAAUAAUUUUUCUGACAGUAUGUUCUCUGGUUAACGCCUCGGUUGCAAUUGGUGAACAUGACCAGGUUUAUUUAACUACAUGCUGAAGAAAAUAUUCAUGAACUGGCAGUAUGCUAUCGGCAAGAAAUUUUGCUGCCAUAUUUAAAUCGUUCACCUGAGUCUGCAAAGACACAAUAAAUAAUGAUGUUCAAUAAAUCUUUC